AUGGUGUGGUCUACUAUCUCCAAAGUCUUUUCCUUUGGCAGCCGGUGGGGGGAGAAUAGCGUUCGAAUUGUUGAGGGUAACGAUGCUGCUGCGAUGCUAAAGCGUGUGGAGGGUAUUCUUGAGGAUUCAAUGCGCGUGCUCUCUAGUCAUGAGCGAAUCCUAGCGCAAGGCGAGUUCAACAUGUUUAGUGUGAAGCACCGAAAUCUGGUUUUGAAGGUCGUUGAAGUUAAACAUGAAAUUCGCGACGAGCAGACAAGAGGGGUCUUAUCCGCCAGCCCCGCUGGAAGACAGCCUUUUCACAUCGACCAGGAGGUCUCCCUCCUUUACCGACAGGCACAGAUUUACCACCGUGAUGUCUUAACAGCGAGUCGCCGAGCUCAAGCAAUAGAAGAAGAGGCAUUUGACAAACAGUACGGCGUCGCCUCAGAUGACAGGCUCGACUCUCAAACCUUCUCGGCACCAGAACCAACAACUACAUGGUACUCAGUGAUUGUUCCCUCAUCAAGGGAUUCGCUCACAUCGUCCGAGACGGACUCUGAUACUGCAACGUUGGUUGAAUCUCACCCAUAUCUCGCAAUCGCUCAUGUUCGGCCUGAGCUACAACAGUCAACGGACUCUGAGGACUCGGUGGAUAAAAACACCUACCGUGAAAUCCUACUGCUGGAAAGUAGCGAAAAAACAGUGAUUAUGAUCAAUCCCAACCGCCGCCAUGUUAGCAAGGAGCUUGAUUCUUCAGACGAGACUUCGCUUAUCGAAAUGUCUCGUGCUGGUGAAGCUUUGCUCAGAGCCACAGAUCCUCAUAAACUACAAGGAUAUGAGAUUAUCGGAGCCCAGCAGGAGACGUCAUGGGUUGAUUCUUUUGUAAACACAUUGUCGAGACUGGGUGUAGGAAUAGGUGCCGACAUGAUGUAA